AUGGGAUCUCAUGCAGCGUCUUCUACGGGAGGCGGGGCGGGGAAGCAAGAACAAGCGCAAGGUACAGCGCAGUCACAAGCAACAGGACAGCUGCAGCAGCAGAAUAGGCAGGAUUCGAUGUCAAUGUACACAAGUUUUAACCAGCAGAGGCUAUCGACCGAUUCAUCAAUAUCCAGCUUCUUGAAUAUUGAUAACCAGGGUGAUAGAGCUGGUGGAAAUAAUACAGGACCCGGGGGGAAUGAUGUAACAUAUGGACGAGGAUAUUCUAUUGUGAAUGCAUGGUCGGCGAACCAAAACGGGCACACGGGGACGAACGGGGGUGGGUCUGCUUUUUCGACAGGUAGAAGGACGUCUGAGCAGCUGGAACCGUUUUCUAUGCCUCGUUUUAAGACACCUAGUUAUUCCCAAGGUCGUUCCGGUGGUUCGACGCAGGGACAAGCAGGAGCACCAUCCGGCGGUGCGGUACGCAGUGAUUCUGUUUCUUCAUCCAAGCGCAAUUCUAUAUUCUUUGGUACAUCCGAAUCCACGGAUCUUGACUUUUUUGGUCAUCCCGCAGGUGGAGGUCAUGGUGUUGGUCCAACAACUGGGCCCACAGGCGGAAAUGGCUCGAAUAAAAUGGGCCCUCCAGUGUUGAAACCUGGUCAAGCAGCAGGUCAACACCCACAUCAACAGCACGAAGACAUCGAUGUAUUUUUUAAUUCUUCACUGUCACGCAAGAACUCAAUAAAGUUUAAUGCUGACGAUUUCGCUGAUUUCCAAUUCAAGAGGCGGAACUCUUCUGUUCGCCCAACUCUGGAUAAUAAGUAUGUACCUGGUCCGCCUCCAGCGAAUGCAGGAUCUAAGAGAGGAGAACAGUCUAUGAGUCCAAUAGGUAAGGAUGAAAUAGGAAUCGAUCCAGAAGUUGCAGUUGCAGAUGCUCCCGGGGUUGAGGAUGUAGAGGAGACUUUAAAAAGGCACCUAUCGCCGCUGAUAUCGGGAGAGGUCAACUCAGCGGGAAGUGUACACUCAAGUGGAACAACAGGAGUCGCGGUGAACAAUCAUCCUUCUAGCAACAAUCAACGACAGCAGGAUGGAACAGAGCCAAAGCUCAAAAGACAAAGGACCAAGAAGUUAUCAUCAUCUGGGGGAUCUACGACGGAUCAUCAUAUGGCUGCAAAGCUAAAGGAAGCAUUAACCACCGAUGAAGAAGUAGCAGCCCUAGAUGAGUCUAGGCCUCUUCUAGGUGCUACAAAAGUUGACCAAUUGAUGCUGGUGAUACAGGCAAGGAGGAAAGGUGUCACAGAGAAAGUGCCAAGAAAUGCAGAUGGUUCGCUGAUGUUGGAAGAUGCGCCCUCCAUUAUUCCCCCUCCAUCGCAGCUAGUAGGCGGUGUAGAGAAGCCAAAAUCUCGAGGAGUAAAGCAGCAUGAAUGCCCAUACUGUCACAAGUGUUUCACCCAGUCAACGCAUCUGGAAGUUCAUGUACGGUCACAUAUAGGUUACAAGCCAUUUCAAUGUGAAUACUGUGGGAAACGAUUCACCCAAGGUGGUAACUUACGGACUCACGUUCGUUUACAUACAGGUGAAAGGCCUUACGAGUGUGAUAAAUGCGGUAAGCGGUUUUCUAGAAAAGGAAACUUGGCAGCACAUAUGUUAACCCACGAAAAUCACAAGCCAUUCCAAUGUAAGUUGGACGAUUGUAAUAAGUCAUUUACGCAACUGGGAAACAUGAAAGCACAUCAAAAUAGGUUUCAUUUACAAACUUUGAAUAGACUAACUCAGAAACUCGCUGAAAUGGACCCUGCAGAAGAUAUGCCCUCUAAGGAACGUGAACUACUGGAGUAUUUUGCUUCUCUAUACAAGAAUAGUAAUAGGGGAAUUAAAGGGCGAGGUAAGGGCAACACACGUAUUGUGCCGUCGUUAGAUUCCGAGGACAACUCUAAAGGCUCUUCUGUAGAUCCGGUUAAUUCUGUGCAGCGACAACAGCAACAAACAUACCAAGGAGUUCAAAGUGGCGGUGGCAGCUCAAAUCCUAACCACUUGCCGGAUCCAUCUAUAGUAGCGGCACGAGCCUUGGGUUCUUUAAAACCCAUAGCGAAGAAGAAAUCUCUCUCUGACCUGAACUACAGUUUAGAGUUGGACGAUGCCAAGGUUUCGGAGGCAAACGAAUUUUCAUUCCAUGAAGCUGCCUUCGGAGGGAGAGCAAAUGAUACCGGUUCAGUUGUUGCCGGAAAGGGUUCGAACAGUGAAGUUCAGUUUAAGAAUGUUUUCUCCGGUAAUUGA